CUCUCUCUCUAUUUCUCUCUCUGUCACAUAUAAAAACCUCUCCACCCCUUCCCAUUUCCCUCAUUCACUCAUUUCUUCAUUCCUUCCUAUUUUUAUUUUCUCCCUAAGCACUCUCUCAAUCUUCCAGCCAUGGGAGCAGCGAUUCUCCCAGAUCUCGGAACCGAGAUUCUCAUUCCCGUCUGCGCGGUCAUUGGAAUCGCCUUCGCCCUCUUCCAGUGGCUUCUCGUCUCCAAGGUCAAACUCUCUGCCGUCAGAGACGCUUCUCCCAACGCCGCUGCCAAGAAUGGCUACAACGACUACCUCAUCGAAGAAGAGGAGGGCAUCAACGACCACAACGUCGUCGUCAAAUGCGCUGAAAUACAGAACGCCAUUUCCGAAGGAGCAACCUCUUUCCUUUUUACUGAAUACAAGUAUGUAGGAAUCUUCAUGGUGGCUUUUGCCAUUUUGAUAUUCCUUUUCCUUGGUUCAGUAGAGGGAUUCAGCACAAGCCCCCAGGCUUGCUCAUACGAUAAAACUAAAACNUGUAAGCCANCACUUGCAACGGCUAUUUUCAGCACCGUAUCUUUCCUGCUUGGUGGGGUCACAUCACUUGUUUCUGGAUUCCUUGGAAUGAAAAUUGCAACUUACGCCAAUGCAAGAACCACCCUGGAGGCAAGAAAGGGUGUUGGGAAGGCCUUCAUUACGGCUUUUAGAUCUGGUGCUGUUAUGGGUUUUCUCCUAGCCGCAAAUGGUCUUCUGGUUCUUUACAUUGCCAUCAACUUGUUUAAGAUCUAUUAUGGUGAUGACUGGGGUGGUCUUUUUGAGGCCAUAACUGGUUAUGGUCUCGGUGGGUCUUCUAUGGCUUUGUUCGGAAGAGUUGGCGGAGGUAUUUAUACCAAGGCUGCUGAUGUUGGUGCUGAUCUCAUUGGCAAGGUUGAGAGAAACAUUCCCGAAGAUGAUCCAAGAAAUCCAGCUGUGAUUGCUGACAAUGUUGGUGACAAUGUCGGAGAUAUAGCUGGUAUAGGAUCUGAUCUGUUUGGUUCAUAUGCGGAGUCAUCUUGUGCUGCUCUUGUUGUUGCUUCCAUCUCCUCAUUUGGGUUGAAUCACGAGUUGACUGCGAUGCUCUACCCUCUCAUUGUCAGUUCUGUGGGUAUUCUUGUUUGUUUGCUCACCACCUUAUUUGCAACUGACUUCUUUGAGAUCAAGGCUGUGAAAGAGAUUGAGCCUGCAUUGAAAAAACAACCACACAGUAUGUAA